UUCAUUGCUGUCAAAUAUUGGGGUGGGCGAUUUCUUCUGGGAAAGUGGGAAGAAAUUCCCAAAAACCUCUGGAAUUCCUGGUCAGGAGAAGAUGACAUCCUCAGCCACAUUUGAGUACACCUACAGGAACUACGAUGGAAUGGAAAAGACCCUCAAACACCAGCUGGAUCUACCCUUCAAGGAGGAUUGUGCUGAACUAGCUCACAGACUGGUUGCAGAGCUUAUGGAUCCCGUAAUGAAGAUCCUGGAUGCGGAUAUUGAACUCAAAACAGCCCUCAAGGCAUUCGUGGAGAAGGAAAAUCAGAACUUUUACGAUCGCAGGGAUGAGGAUUUGCUGAAUAAGGCACGGAAUGGGCAAGUUGACGUCGAGGGGCUCGUAACGGAAAUGGAUAAACUGUACAAGGAGGAAGUUCUGGAGUUUGCUGAACGUGUGGGGCCAACGGAUGAGGAGAUCUUUGCCCUGGCUUUCCAUCAGCUCGUACAUUCCCCAUUGUUGCCGGAUAUUCUGACCAAAGAGCAGUGCUAUGCUGCGAGUAUUUCAGAACUCAAUACACGAAUGUACGAGGAGAUUGAUGAGCUGAAUAAGAAGCAAGCAGCAGAGAUGGAUGAGACUGUGGGGCAGUUGGAUGUUUCAACAACAUCUGAGGACAUUAAUGCCCUCCUGUCGCAACACUACAGCAAUCAGAAUCUCCUCCGGAAGCGAUGGGAGUCAAAAUUGGAGGCAAAACGAGGGCAUCAGAAGCACGAGUACCGCAACUGGGUGACGAGUCAAGUGGGGGAGGCUCUAAUCAACAAUCCCACCUCCCUGCCAGUCACUUCCACGCCAAUUGGGAAUAAAUCCUCAAUGUUUGUCACACAGAACUUAGCCAUGGAGGAGAGCUUCACAAUCCACCUGGGAUCGCAGCUGAAGCACAUGCACAACAUUCGCAUCCUCAGUGCGGAUGUUACGGAGUUCUGUAGUCCUCUCCAUCGGGAUGAGAAUCUCAACGGACUCAACAUGGCUUUGGGGCUCUACUCGAGUUCCCUCAGUGGGAUUGUCGUGCUCACACCACCCGGAUCAGUUCAGGCACUUCCCAAAAUCAUUAAGAAUGCCAACAUGUCCACUGAAUUCCAUUUUGAUCAGAUUGAAAAUCAAAUUGAGCGCAUCGAGGAGGAUCUCAGGAAGAGCCACAAUGAUGCAGCUGCAGGUGGUGCGACGGAGAAGACAAGUCAGAAACUCCAUCCGGGAGAUUUCUUCAUUACGCGACACUCCAAUCUCUCACAGACGCACGUGAUCUUUCACCUGAUCUCGGAUGAAUCCUCAGACAGCCCCGGGGAGAUCACAUCACGUCAUCCUGUGAUACUAGGCCUACGGAAUAUCCUGAAGACUGCCUCGAGGCAUGAUAUCUCCAUGCUGACCAUUCCAGCGCUGCUGCGGCAUGAAAUGUCCGAGGAUAUGACAGUGCCGUGGUCUAUUAGACGUGCAGAGUUGGUCUUCAAGUGCGCCAAGGGGUUCAUGAUUGAGUCAGCAACAUGGGGUGGCACAGAGAUCAACACACUGCAACUCCUUUUGCCACACAACAUCUCCGAGGAGCUCUUCACGACACUCGCCGGAAUGGUGUCGAAUGUUUUCCGUGUGGCUAAUCCAAAGUUUCUCUAAGAAAAUUGAUUAAAUUACAUUCUUAUAUUAUAAUAAAGAUAUAAAAAAUAAUUAUUUCAUAAAA